UUAUCUGCUUUGUAGGCUUUAAUAAAAUCAUAGAGCCGUUUAUAAAGUAGAUCCAUCAGGACAGUACCCGAACCGCCGCCGGGAGUCGGGCUGCAUCAUGACUGCAAUGGAGGAGCAGGCAGAGACUGGCUGGAUGACUGAAUCACGUUAGCCGCCUUUUGAGGAAUAACACUGGUACUGACUGUAAUAGCGAGGGAGCUGACUCAGUGGUUUCUACUGCAGAGCUGUGAGAGUGAUUGACCCCCUCAACACUUCUCCAUUAGGGUGCUGCGACAACACAGCCAUGCCGCCCCCAGCCGACAUUGUGAAGGUGGCUAUUGAAUGGCCUGGUGCUAAUGCUCAGCUUAUAGAGAUGGACCAGAAAAGACCAUUGUCCUCAAUAAUACGGGAAGUAUGUGAUGGCUGGUCUUUAUCAGGCUCUGAGCAGUUUGCUCUGCGCUAUGCUGAUGGGCCUCAGCUUUAUAUCACUGAGCAGAGCCGCGGUGAAAUCAAGAACGGGACCAUCCUUCGCUUAGCCAUUUCACCUGCUCGUGCUGCUCGUCAGCUCCUGGAGAGGAUCCAGUCCCACGGUAUCGAUGCUCGCCUGGAGGCUCUAAAAGAGCUCGCCAAGCUGUCUGCAGACCCAACCUUCGCUGCAGAGUUCAUCAAUAUGGAGGGCAUUGGGACGCUGGCACGUCUUGUUGAAAGUGGCACACACUUUGGUGAAAUGCUGGCCUUCACUCUCACUGCCUUCCUGGAGCUAAUGGAUCACGGCAUUGUGUCUUGGGACCUUAUCUCCCUGUCCUUCAUCAAACAGAUUGCAGGCUAUGUGAACCAGCCGAUGGUGGAUGUGUCCAUCUUGCAGCGCUCUCUAGCGAUCCUGGAGAGCAUGGUUCUCAACAGCCACAGCCUGUACCAUCGGGUGGCACAGGAGAUCACCGUGGGACAGCUCAUCGGGCACCUGCAAGUGUCAAACCAGGAGAUCCAAACCUACGCCAUCGCCCUCAUCAAUGCUCUCUUCCUGAAGGCACCAGAGGACAGACGGCAGGAGGAGUAUACUAACCCGUUGGAGCAGCACCUCACUGAAAUGGCGAGCACUUUGGCUCAGAAACACCUGCGAUCCAUCAUCCUCAAUCAUGUUAUCAGAGGAAAUCGACCAAUCAAAGCAGAAAUGGCGCAUCAGCUGUACGUGCUGCAGGUACUGACCUUCAACCUUUUGGAGGAGCGAAUGAUGACCAAAAUGGACCCAAAUGACCAGACACAGAGAGACAUCAUUUUUGAGCUGCGUAGGAUUGCUUUCGAUGGAGAAAAUGACCCGACUGGAACAGAAAAGAGAAAGGCCAUGUACACCAAGGACUAUAAGAUGCUGGGCUUCACUAACCAUGUGAAUCCAGCCAUGGACUUUACCCAGACUCCUCCGGGAAUGUUGGCUUUGGACAACAUGCUUUACCUUGCCAAGGUUCACCAGGACACGUACAUCAGGAUUGUCCUGGAAAACAGCAGCCGCGAGGACAAGCAUGAAUGUCCCUUUGGCCGCUGUGCCAUCGAACUCACUCGGAUGUUGUGCGAGAUCCUUCAGGUUGGAGAACUGCCUAAUGAGGGCUGCAACGACUACCACCCCAUGUUCUUCACUCAUGACCGGGCGUGGGAGGAGUUCUUCUGUGUCUGCAUUCAGCUGCUCAAUAAAACCUGGAAGGAGAUGAGGGCCACAGCUGAGGACUUCAAUAAGGUCAUGCAGGUGGUCCGUGAGCAGAUCACCAGGGCUCUGGCGAUGAAGCCGUCGUCUUUAGACCAGCUGAAAAAUAAACUUCGAGGCCUCAACUAUUCAGAGAUCCUGCGUCUGCGGCAGUCAGAGAGAAUGAGUCAGGACGACUUCCAGUCUCCUCCCAUCAUAGAGCUGCGGGAGAGAAUUCAGCCCGAGAUCUUAGAGCUCAUCAAGCAACAGCGACUCAACCGGCUCUGUGAGGGGAGCUGUUUCCGCAAGCUGGGGAACCGCCGAAGGCAAGAGAAGUUUUGGUUCUGCAGACUCUCCCUGAAUCACAAAGUGCUGCACUAUGGAGACCUUGAUGAGUCACCCCAGGGUGAAGUGCCUUUUGAGCUACUCAGUGACAAGAUCCCCGUCUCUGACAUCAAGUCGGUGGUGACCGGAAAGGACUGCCCUCACAUGAAAGAAAAAAGUGCUCUGAAGCAAAACAAAGAGGUGCUGGAGUUAGCCUUCUCUGUCCUCUAUGAUCCCGAUGAGACACUCAAUUUUGUUGCACCCAACAAAUAUGAGUACUGCAUCUGGACUGACGGGCUGUGUGCGCUGCUGGGCAGAGAGAUGGGCAGUGACCUGACGCGCAGUGACCUGGAUACUCUCAUCAGCAUGGAGAUGAAGCUCCGCCUCCUCGACCUUGAGAACAUCACCAUCCCAGAGGCCCCGCCCCCCGUGCCGAAGGAGCCUAGCUCGUAUAACUUCACCUACAACUACAGCUGAGAUGUGUGCGUGUGUGCGUGUUUGCAGUGCAUGUGUGUGUAUAUCUCAAAGAUGAGUAUACUCAAUCUUUUGAUGAAUUUAGCUGCAGAUGUGUGCACCGGAAAAGAUUCCUUUGAUUUUUUAUUGAUUUUUUAUUUUUUAACAUUUCAGAACCCUGGAGACUUCUCUCCAUCCGUGUUUGUGAUGCUGUACGAUUCGUCAAGUAGGAGAAAUAUGUUUAUAGCUUCACAGGGAGUUUGGAGGGUCAGGGUCCACCACAGAGCAGUACUCCUGGAGCUGGUAGAGAUUCAGCAAGUGAAUCUCAUUUAUCAUUGCCGUCUCCAGGCAACGUCUCCCUCAGUCUUUGCUAGGUAAAGGCAUAAACCUGCCUAUAAAGUGAAGGAAUACUGUGCCUGAUGGGGAAUGUGGAUGAAAAGCUAUCAGCAAAUUAGUCUUUAAUCAAAAAAAUUUUAGUCAAAUUCCAGCCUGACUGGUCAGUCAUACCAAGCGUGUGGUUUCCAUGGCAACGAAAGAUGAAGCUGCCACUAUUCCAGUUUUAACACUGUGCUCACUUUGAUUCGGUCUGUCCCUCCGCAUGAUGGGCACACGGUGAUACAUCACACAGAGAAGAGUGAGUGGGCUGAGAGUUUGCGCACUCACACACUCUCCUGAAAUGAGAUUCAGUCAGUGUCUUGCUUAAGGUCACUUUGGAAGGAGGUAGAGUUGAUGUCAGGGGGGACUGAACAUGACGUUCCUGGUUGAAGGACAGUCCCCGUAAUCAGUGCACUGUCCUGCUGCACAUCGAAGUCUCAUUAAUGAUAAGAUAUCUGACCUGCAGUUCAGUGUUGAAAGUAAAAAAAAAAAAAAGCUUAAAUUCAGCGAUAAAGAGAUCUAGAAAUGUGAUUAAAAACCUACUUCUGUAAAGCAGAAGCAUAUAAGGUGUAAGGGUAAUAUUUUGUGGUGUUUUUUAUAAUUUCUACCAUACCGGGCCACAGAAGCCUAGGGCUGUAACUAACAAUUGUUUUUAUGGUAUCAUGAAUUGAUCAUUUGAUCUUUGAAAAACAUAAAUUUCUGGAAAAUGCUCAUCACAAUUUCCAUUUAGUUCUCAAGUGAACAUGUUUAAACAGCUUGUUUUGUUUGACUCAUGUUCCAAAACCAAAAGAAACACAGUUUAUUGUUGUGGAAGACAAAGAAAACCAGCAGAUAGUCAUAUUUGAGAAGCGGGAACAAGUGAAUUUUGGUCUUUUAAGCGUUUGUCAACAUUUUAGCAGAUUAAUUGCCCACCCAUCAGUAAAUCAAGUAUGACUCGAAUUGUUUCAGCUGCACUAAAGUGGUGCUGUCAGCAUAUAUGUCUUUACAGCGUCUGUUUACUCAACAUUCAUACUGCUUUAGAUCAUUUGAGUGUCGAUACAGCCCAUUGAACUGAAACUGUUCAAGUAUGUGGUGUGAAGAUAGAUACUCUUGCCUACUGCAUGUGUCUGUUAGUGUGUAUUCAUGUGUGUGUGUGUGUGUGUGUGUGUGUGUGUGCAGGUUUUGAGGUUUAGUGUAAGCUGUUUAUGUUGAUACAUGAGGAAUAAUGUCAAUAUUUCAUCAGCGUGAUGCUCAUGGAAGUCGGGGCCAAAGCGCGCUGACUUCCAACACAUUAAAAAACAUGAGUGACUCUUUUGUGUUGAACCACAGUCACUGCAUUGCCUUAUCAGUCAAAGACACCAUAUUUUGGGUAACAUUAGCAUUUAUAAUCAGUAUAACCAUGAAUGGUUUAUAACACAUUGUUAUAACACACUAUAAUGUGUGUUUAUUAAUGUAUUUGUUAACAACUAUGAAUUGAAUCUGAAAUACUUAAUUGAUCCUCUAAAGGAAAAUCUGGUCAUGAUACAGUUUUAUAAUUAUAUUUGUAUAGGUUUACAUUUAAGUUGUAUUUACACAUAGUGGAAUUCCAAAAAAAAGUAUAUAAAUAUAUAUGCAUUAUACAACAAUAUAUAUAUGUGUAGCACAAUAUAUAUAGAAAAUGAAAAUAGAAAAAUAAAUACACACACAAAUAUGUAAAAGGAAUAUGUGCUUCAUACUAUAUACACUAUCAAGCAGUUAAUCAAUGUUUGAUAACAGUAAAAGUAGUUUAAUUAUUAUAUAAUCAUAUCUAUAUCUGUUUUAUUGCCAUUCUGUUGCCAGGGCAACAGCUUUGGUCCCUCUUUACUUCCCAACAGUUACUAAGGAAACUAUAAAAGAAGAAAAGGACAUGACAUCAGUGACAGCGUUCAAAUUUUGCGUAGGAGCCAGACAUUGGUGUCAGUUCUAUUGGAGUCAAUGGGGUCAGUUCAGCAAAUCACGCUAUAACCCUUUGUUGUUUCACCUUGGACUGAAAAAUUCUUCCGCCAGAUUCAAAAACACAAAUUAGGUGAUGUUGACUGACAUUUUUUAUCUAAAUGUGUGUGUUUGUUAUCAUUGGUAUUGAUCUCCAAAUGGAUCAAGCUGCAGCUCAAGCCCCUCUUGUUAGCAGGUACAUUACUAAAGUGUUAAUAUUGAAUAACAUUAAGGAGGAAUAAUGUUGGAUAAUGUUUCCUUUACUUGUCAGGAGGUGGUGCUAAAUUGCCAAAUUAUUUUAAAUCUGGACCUUCUUCGUUUACCAGCACUGAAUUAAGUUAGCAUAGCAUAAAAACAUCACUGCACAUCAUGUCUGUUUUUUAUCUUGAGGAGGGAUUUUUCAUUCAAAGUUGAAACAACAAAGAUAUGAUGGGUUACAGUGUGAUUUGCUGUGCCUGCCCCAUUCACUUCAAUAGAACUAAAACCAAAGUCUGGCACCAAUGCAAAAUUCAAAUGUUGUCACUGAUGUCAUGAUCUUAACUUCUUUUAUAUUUUCAUUGACAGCUACUGCAUUCAUAAACAUUGCGACAGGAAAUACUCUCAUGCUGCGUUCAAACGGGGUCAUGUUUACCGUGUUCACAAGAAGAGUCCAUAUGAACGCCCCCCUCUUGUGGUAUUCACAACCUAGUAAGUGGAAAUUUUUAUAGAGCUCCGAGUUCACAACUUUGCAAACACAUCUUCCCAUAUUGUGAACACGAGCUUACUUUGAACGCAGCAUCGGACCCAUUCAGAAUGUUUGUGUUGUUACUUGGCUUAUGGUUAUCAUAAAUCAUUUAACUUUUUACAUUACCUGUAUACUGUAUACAUACACAGCAGGACUAAAAUUAUCUAAAGGUGUCUUUAAAACUACUGUAAAUACGAUAAUGUAUGAUCACAGCUAUGUUAUACUGUAUUACCAAACAUUGAUUAAAUUAUGAAUGCUUCAUAGGGUAAGUAACAACAAAGACAUUAUAAACCAUUAAAAUUGACCUAAUAUCUGCUACAACUACAGUAUAGUAUCUUAUAAACCAUUUCUUAAUUGUUUAUUUACUGCUCAUAAAUGCUAAAUGAGGUUUGGGUUCAAUGUUUAGAGUGACAAGUUACAGUGGUGUUUUUUCUUUUCGCUAAAACAAUCUUACCUGACACAUUCCAAGAGUGUUUGAUGCCCCUUGUGUUGCAGCAGUUUUAAGGCUUGAGUUCAGACUUGUUUUUGUCACGCUGCACAGACAAAUGGGACAAAAGAGCAUCUCUGUUGGCCUGUUUCAGUUAAUGUGCCAGAAACGUGACCCUCAAAUGAACAGAAGCAGGUCAGAAACAGCUGAGUGACAUGGCCCUGGGCGUUGGGGACAUCUAGUGCUGCUCAUGUAUUGUAUGAGCAGACUGUAUUGUGAGCUUUGUAUACAGUGGUUUGAGGUAUAGUACAAUUGCUUGAUGUCAUUUUCUUAUGCUUUGUGUGUGUGUUUUGUUGAUGUCACUUAAUGUCUCAUCAGCGUCUUAACCAUUACUAAUCACUACUGUCACUUGUUAAUGCAGAAUAGAAUAUAUUUUUGUAAAUGAUUGUACAAUCUUAUCAGCUGUGAAGAGAAUGGGUAACAAGCUAACAGCAAUUUCGCUCUGCGUCACUCUGUACAGUACGUUCAACACUUUCAUUACUGUGGAAGGACAUUUAACACUAAAAAAAAAAAGUUUUUGGUCUUCACAUUUUUUAAAGUCACAGCCAUGUAUUUCAUACUGCAGUCACCUCAUGUUGUUUAGGAAUGACACUCACUCCAGCACCUAAUGAUGAUGUCAGUGUUAAUGUACCUUAUAAUGCAAGUGGGAAUUAUGAAGAUUACUGUUGAUGCUGUUUGUGAAAAGGAAUAUAUUUGAUUUUUUUUUUCUCGAAAUACUGUUUUUGCUGUUUGUUUUUUAACUGAGGUUGAAGGUUGUAAAGGUUCCCUGUGGAGUUUCAGACCUCUAGAGGUGCUGUGGACCUACUUCUCCUUCAGUGAGUCCCUGUUUAGUUUGUCUUGUGCACGCAAACGAAGGUGCACAUGCAGUACGCAUUCCUGCCAGUGGUUUCAUGCUACUCCACUGAUCAACAGGUGGCAGUAAUUCACCAAGAAAUGCAGCAAUGUACCAGAAAGGAAAAGUAGAAGAAGACCACAAGCUCUCAAACAUGAUGUAAACAGUAUUGGAUUUGAAAUCCUUAUAAAAAUGGACUUGCAAUGCCAUUGCUGUUAGACCUGAAGGAUACACAAUGUAUUUCACUGAGUAACAGUGAAUGUAAUGGUUGUUUGUUUACAAGAAAACUCCACGGGGCCCCUUUAACAGCUUUAAAAAAAAAAGUCAUUUUAUAUUCCAGCAAGUCAUCGAACUGCAGCUAAAAUAUAUCAAUAACCAGAAAAUACCACAGUGAGUAAAAGAUUGUUGCAUUGGAUGUACUAAUAGUAUGACUUGAAGUUUUCGCAUCUGGUACUCUUUUACAUGACUUGCUAAACUAUUUAUUUACACUUGCUAGUGAUAGUAAAGAAUGACAUGUUGUUAGUUAAGAAAUAACAACAUUAAAUCUAAAUAUGGUAUACAUAUAGAUCAUUGUAUGUAUAUACAGUAUUGUGUUGCCUUAUUGAAGAAAAUGUAUUAUGUUUUGUGUGAAUAAAUACAGAGUCUAACUA